AAGGUAGCAAAAAUUCUGAGAAGACCGGAGCUUACCGGAGCCCUGGCAGGCUCAUCGGCGGCUGCGGACGCGGACGCACGCCGACGAAGACGUAGCAGCCCUCUGGAUUACCUGAGGCAUAAGGCCCGUGAAGCUGCCCGUGAAGCUGCCUUGGCAGACACGGGCACCAGCGCGGCAUCUAAAAUGGGUAACAAUGCCGCGACCGCCAACAAGAAGGUCGACGCCGCCGAGAGCGUCAAGGAGUUCCUCGAUAAAGCGAAGAAGGAGUUCGAGGACAAGUGGAAGAAGAAUCCGACCAAUACCGCCGCCUUGGACGAUUUCGAACGUAUCAAGACCCUCGGCACCGGUUCGUUCGGUCGCGUGAUGAUCGUUCAGCACAAACCCACUAAAGAGUACUACGCCAUGAAGAUACUCGAUAAGCAAAAGGUCGUAAAGCUGAAACAGGUCGAGCAUACGCUAAACGAAAAGAGGAUACUGCAAGCUAUCAGUUUUCCAUUCCUCGUAUCGUUGCGUUUUCACUUCAAGGACAACUCUUACCUGUACAUGGUGCUGGAGUACGUUCCCGGUGGCGAGAUGUUCAGCCACCUGCGCAAGGUCGGCCGCUUCUCCGAGCCGCACUCGCGUUUCUACGCGGCUCAGAUCGUCCUCGCGUUCGAGUAUCUGCACUACCUCGACCUCAUCUAUCGGGACCUGAAACCGGAGAAUCUGCUAAUCGACUCGCAGGGCUACCUCAAGGUCACCGAUUUCGGCUUCGCCAAGAGAGUGCAAGGACGAACGUGGACUCUGUGCGGCACGCCGGAGUACCUAGCACCCGAGAUCAUUCUCAGCAAGGGUUACAACAAGGCGGUGGACUGGUGGGCACUGGGCGUGCUGGUCUACGAGAUGGCCGCUGGCUAUCCACCAUUCUUCGCCGACCAGCCGAUCCAGAUCUACGAGAAGAUCGUGAGCGGUAAGCCACGCUUCCCGUCGCACUUCGGCUCCGACCUCAAGGAUCUACUGCGCAAUCUGCUGCAAGUCGACCUCACCAAGAGGUACGGCAACCUCAAGGCGGGCGUAAACGACAUCAAGGGCCACAAGUGGUUCGCUAGCACCGACUGGAUAGCCGUCUUCCAGAAGCGAAUAGAAGCGCCGUUCAUACCGCGCUGCAAGGGACCAGGCGACACCAGCAAUUUCGACGAUUACGAGGAGGAGACCCUGAGGAUCUCGCUGACGGAAAAGUGCGCCAAGGAGUUCGCCGAGUUUUGAACGCUGCGCCAGGUCGGCAAGUUGCUCGCAACCGGAGGUGGUGGAUACGCACGUCGUGUCGCGCCUCAUCGUCGGGCUGACGCGGCACGGCGCUCCUUCGUCAUCGUUCGCCGUCAUCGCCGUCGUCACGUUGGUGAUUCGCUUUUUUUGCGAAAAAGAAAGAGAGAGAGAGAGAGAGAGAGAGAAAGAACGAGCGAGAGGGAGAGAGUAAAAGAGCGGGAGAGAAAGAGAGAGAGAGUGCAUCUGUGUGUGUCAGCGCGCGCAUCCGCGUGUAAUAUAUGAAAGCUGUUGACUAGGCGAAAAACGGAGUGAAGUUUUUUCCUUGAGGAAAAGUUUCUCGUAUACUGGAAGGACACCCUUCCGGGUGUGUUAUUUUCGAGGGGGAGAAAGAGAGAUAGAGAGGAAGAGAGAAGUAAUAUGAAGGAGCACGUGGCAAUUGGCGCGUCUUUUUUUGUUGCGUUUCGCGACCGAACUCGCUAGACAAAAGUAGAAAAGGAGAGAGAGAAAACGCGGACACGGAUUGAUAUAUGGGACGUUUACACGCUGGCGUUCAAGCGUCCAAAAAUUAUAUACACACACAUAACUUUUGUUGUUACGUAUGUAGUAGACGUCACACGCCAGCAUCACUUUUUACAUGAAGUCUCUUUUUUUAGCCGGUUAAUCGAUUCAGUAACGU